AUGGAAUGGGACGGUGCUGAGUCGUGUCUUUCGUCGACAAGUGAAAGUGAUGGUGGGAAUUGUGCAGCCGAUGCUGAUGACGAGCAAAGCGACUGGGUCGGGUACGCGCCCUCCGUGACAGAGGGUGACUUUGAUCCUAUGGAAGAAAGAAGGGCACGCCGGCUACAACAAAAACUCCAGAUGUCUCAGCUGCAAAAGCGACUAGAAAGGUUCGCACUUGAGGGUGGACGGGGAGAGAUGGGCAUCGAGUUUCGUAUCAAAGAUCGACCCAAUUCUAUGCAGUUUAAUCGCAUGCUGUUACACUACCGCUUAGAAGUGGUGAAACGACAACGUGGUACAGUAGUGAUUCGAAAGAAGAGCAAUCCGUGCAAUAAAGUUCCAGAAUGUGAAUGA